AAAGUGCCAGGAAGAAAUUUUGACUUUUGUGUUAUAUAUGUCCACAUCUUUGAAUCCGAUCCAAGCUUGUGAAAGUUUCUCUGCAAAUCUUGUUGCUCUGCUGCUACAACAAUGGCGCAGAAACAACAGAUCCUUCACCAACAACGACCAUUCUCUUCCUCUCCUCGUUCUUAUUCUUCAAUCUCAAACCGUCCCAUCUUUCUCCUUAGCCGCAACGGUCUCCUCCUUCUCCUUCUCGCUCUCUUCCUUCUCCUUGGUGUAUUCUUACCCUGGCCAGGAUCUCCUUUAUUGCUAUUACCAAACAGAGUCUCUUCUCCUUCUUAUGCUACUUCUUUGUCUCCACAAGCCAAAUCUGAAUGGCGCGACUAUACCCUUGCUCAGGCCGCUAAGUUCGUGGCCAAGAACGGCACUGUGAUCGUCUGCGCCGUGAGCUCACCAUUCUUGCCUUUUCUUAACAACUGGUUGAUUAGUGUUUCUAGACAGAAGCAUCAAGAAAAAGUCCUUGUGAUCGCUGAGGAUUACAUUACUCUGUAUAAAGUCAACGAAAAGUGGCCUGGCCAUGCCGUUCUUAUUCCUCCUGCACUCGAUUCUAGAACCGCAUACAGUUUCGGUUCCCAGGGUUUCUUCAAUUUCACAGCUCGAAGGCCGCAACAUCUCUUGCAAAUUUUGGAGCUAGGUUACAAUGUUAUGUACAACGAUGUUGAUAUGGUUUGGUUGCAAGAUCCGUUUCAGUAUUUGGAGGGAAGCCACGACGCGUACUUCACGGAUGAUAUGCCUCAAAUUAAGCCUUUGAAUCACUCUCAUGAUUUACCAGAUCCGGAUCAAAACGGAGAGACUUAUAUAUGUAGCUGCAUGAUUUACUUGCGUCCCACUGAUGGUGCAAAGCUUCUAAUGAAGAAAUGGAGUGAGGAACUUCAAUCCCAAGCUUGGUCUGAGUCCAUCCGUUUUAAAGCUAAUGAUCAGCCUGCUUUUAACUUGGCACUUAACAAAACAGCUCAUCAAGUGGAUCUCUACUUGCUCUCGCAAGUAGCUUUCCCAACAGGAGGAUUGUACUUCAGUAACGAGAGAUGGGUUAAAGAGACAAAGGGGAAACAUGUCAUAAUCCACAAUAACUACAUUAUCGGUUACGAUAACAAAAUGAGACGUUUCCAUGACUAUGGUCUAUGGCUAGUCGAUGAUCAUGCUCUUGAGUCUCCAUUAGGGAAAUUACAGUAAAUUCGUAUCACGGAAACAAUUGUUCAUCUUUCAUUCUCUCUUUUCUUCUUGUUGUUUGAAUAUUUUAGGCUGCGUAUAAAGAAAGAUAGUUCCACUGAGUAAACUCCUUACGUUUUU